CAGGAUGUUCCAGUGGCACCGGAAUUGGACUUAGUUGUGCAUAGACAAUUGGUCGGUUAUGCUACGGAUGUGAGGAAAAGCGGUAUAGUUCCACUUUGUAUGGUGAAUAUACGAUCAAUCUAGGCGUAUUCGUUUCACAGACGAGCAUGUGAAAACCCGAGAUUUUUUUGUUGACGUAUGUUUUCACUUUUACAUUAUAAAGUAUUCGUAAAAGCUUGACAGUUAAACAGACACGCAAGAUUAUAUUCUGCUAUUGGUAGAAAGUGCACGAAUGGUUGGAAAAUCGAUGUCCACAGUUUAAUAGCCACCACGUGUGUGCAGCUAUGAGUUCAAUCGUACUAGGCGUGUAUAACGAUCGAAACAUUCCGUGCAGUAAUCGUACUGAGAAUCUGCAAGUGGUUCGGGAAACAAGCACGCAUAAAAAAUAAGGAAAACAGGAAGAUCGUAUAACAGUAACGCAGGUAUAUACUGGGAAGAAAUUUGAUACUUCGUAAUAUAGAAAGUAUACAAUAAUGCCCGAUGGUCGAGGGAGCGCGGUGCAUGGCGUAAUGCCACCGCAUUAUUUGCAUGAGUUGCCGGCAGAGGAUGAGAAAAGGUUCGAAAAAAUAUUUCAAAAACUAGAUCUCGAUGGAAACGGGCGAAUCGAUGUGAAAGAUCUGUCUAAAGCGCUUCGUAAUGUUGGAGUCGAUAAAUACUACGCGGAGCAAUUUUUGGCCAGUUCGGAUAGUACUAAAAGCGGUGAUAUUACACUAGCAGAAUUUAUACACUACGUUCGCGAACAUGAAAAAAAUCUGCGUCUGCAAUUCUCUCAUCUUGACAAGAACAAGGAUGGUAAAAUCGAUUUAGAGGAAUUAAUAAAAGCAUUCGAAGAAUUGGGAAUAAAAAUGGAUUAUAAUGAAGCGAAGAAGUUAUUGCAGCGGAUGGACAAAGAUGGAAGUCUUACUAUAAGCUUUAACGAAUGGCGAGAUUUUUUGCUGUAUGCACCGAGUACCGAUCUUCUAGGUCUUAUUGAAUACUGGCAUCAUACAAACUAUAUGGACAUUGGGGAGGACAUUGGUGUCCCUGAGGAUUUCACAACUGGUGAAAUGGUCUCUGGAAUGUGGUGGCGACAUUUGGUGUCCGGUGGUGUAGCAGGUGGUGUAUCACGCACAUGUACGGCACCUUUGGAUCGUAUUAAAGUUUACCUGCAGGUGCAUGGAACGCGACACUGCAAAAUCAAGAGUUGCUUCAGGUACAUGCUGCGCGAAGGUGGCUCUAUCAGUCUGUGGAGAGGAAAUGGUAUAAAUGUACUUAAAAUUGGACCAGAGAGUGCGCUGAAAUUCAUGGCUUAUGAGCAAAUUAAGAGAACGAUUAAAGGAGAUGACAUUAGAGAGCUUGGACUUUAUGAACGAUUAAUGGCUGGAUCUUUAGCUGGUGGGAUUAGUCAGUCAGCCAUAUAUCCACUUGAGGUGCUCAAAACUAGAUUUGCUCUUAGAAAAACAGGAGAGUAUUCGGGUUUAGUAGAUGCAACAAAGAAGAUAUAUAGACAAGGUGGUUUGAAAUCUUUUUAUAGAGGCUAUAUUCCUAAUUUAAUGGGAAUAAUUCCAUAUGCUGGUAUUGACUUGGCUGUGUACGAGACUUUGAAAAACAGGUAUUUACAAACACACGACAAAAAUGAACAACCACCCUUCUGGAUAUUGUUAUUAUGUGGAACAGCCUCAAGCACAGCUGGUCAAGUGUGCUCAUAUCCACUAGCGCUAGUCAGAACGCGGUUGCAAGCAGAUAUGUCACCAGGGAAGCCUAAUACUAUGGUUGCUGUUUUUAAGGAAAUUAUUAAGAAUGAAGGUAUUCGCGGUUUGUAUAGAGGUUUAACCCCAAACUUUUUAAAGGUUGCACCAGCUGUGUCGAUUAGUUACAUGGUAUAUGAAACAGUCAGGAAUUUCUUGGGUGUUAAUAUGACGUGAUGAUUAUUUAUUUUAGGUGAUAUUAAAUUAACUAAAUUAUUCUUUAAUUACAUCAUAAAGUAUACAAGCAAGCCAGUCGUUGGUUGAACAAACAAUUCGGCAUGUUCUGCCUUUUGUUAUAUGUAAUAUCGCUUAUUUAUUGUUAACUCGAAGCUUCUACGAUUAUUUAAGCAUUUGCCAUUCUAUUUUCCAAUUGUAUAUCACACUAUUAAACAUAUAGAACAUAUUUAUAACAAAUUUCAUAUAAGGAGAUAAGUAUAACAAAAGUGGCCAGCAUAAAGAAUUUUAAUUAGUUUCCAAUGAGUUCACAUUUAUACACUCCGUGUAUACAUCAUGCUAACUAGUUUAAAUGUAUUCAUUGUUAUGACUUACACUUAUAUUUCGCUUCUAUGAAGAAGAACAAAAGUGUAAAUUCAUAAUUUCGAAAUAGAAAUGAUAGUAUAAAGACCAGUAGAAGAAAAGAAAAUAGUAUUAUGUCUUAUAAUUUUAUUUUGAUCGUUUUUUAUGGAAAGGAAAUAAGGAUGUGGCUGAUAGUUGUAAUAUUAAAGAAAAAAGAAAUUCCUGUACGAUCCACGUACGAUUUGUAAGUCAAGUAAUCUAUAAAUGGAAAUGUAAUUUUAUGAAAAUGUAAACGAAUGUAUUAUUUAGAAAAUACAUUAGAUAAUGUUGCAAAUUCUGAAAAUAGGAGGAUCGAGUUAUAUUAUUGCUGUGAUAUGUAUGGUUAUAAGCUAAAUUGGAAAUAUAAUUCAGUGCAUAACAUCCUAUCAAUUUUGUAAAUGCGUUUUAUUUUUAUUGUAAAUUUCUUCCAGUAUUUAACGAUAAUAACGAAAAUAAUAAUACCAAUAAUAAUAAUAACAAAUCCGCUAUUAUCAAGAUGUUAUGCUAUGAGUUAUUGCAAACACUGCACAUCAAGUGUUAAACUUGUUCCAUGAACGAGUACUCCAUCCGCGAUAUUACAUUUAUUACACGCAUUGUUUUAACAUAAUUUUCUGAUUAAAUGAAUCUUGUAGACAUGUUAUGUAUAUUCUAUGUAUUAUAAAUAUGUAUAUUUAAACUCCAAAGAAGUACAUCACGAUAUAGCAUUAUA